CCAUUAGAAAAGUACUGGUUCCUUAAUAUACACUUACUCCCCCCAUCGAACCAGCCUGAACCAUGGCUCGCGCCGAGGUCCUGUUAUGGGCCUGUUCGGUGCUUCUGGUCACGGCCAAUAUAGCCGAGUCUUCUGGUCUAAAUAUAGGCGUGAACUGGGGCUCGCAAACCUCUCACAAUCUGGCCCCUUCGGUUGUGGCUCAGUUGCUUAAAGACAAUGGCAUUGCCAAGGUCAAGCUUUUCGACGCUGAUGAUUAUACUGUCAGGGCCUUCGCUAAUACCGGCAUUGAGGUCAUGCUUGGGAUCCCAAACAACGAGCUAUCUCGAUUUAGCGACAGUCUUGACAAUGCCAAGAAAUGGGUGAAAGAGAAUGUCACCAGACAGUUAGACAAAAAAAUCAUUAUUAAGUAUAUAGCUGUGGGUAAUGAGCCAUUUUUGACAGCUUACAAAGGAGAAUACACAAAAACAACAUUCCCAGCAAUUCAAAACAUCCAAAAAGCACUUAAUGAUGCUGGGCUCGGAGACAAAAUCAAAGCAACCACCCCUCUGAAUGCGGAUGUCUAUGACUCCGGAAAAGAUGGUCCAUCGGGAGGCAAUUUUCGCAAGGACAUUAGAGACACCAUGGUGAAGAUGGUCCGUUUUUUCAACUCCAACAACAUACCAUUUCUAGUCAACAUAUACCCCUUCCUCAGCCUCUACCUAAACCAGGAUUUCCCUACUGAUUACGCCUUCUUUGAUGGCGGCGGAAAAACAAUUAAUGACAAUGGUUACACAUACAACAGUGUGUUUGAGGCGAAUUUCGACACACUUGUUCAUUCACUCAAGAAGGCUGGUGUCCCAAACUUGAAGAUCAUUGUUGGGGAGAUUGGAUGGCCCACGGAUGGCGAUAAAAAUGCCAAUGUCAAGCUUGCCAAGAGGUUCUACAGUGGGUUCCUCAAGAGACAGGCUGCCAACAAAGGAACACCACUACGCCCUGGGCGAAUUGAGACCUAUCUGUUCAGUCUGUUGGAUGAGGACCAGAAGAGCAUUGAACCUGGUAACUUUGAGCGUCACUGGGGGAUUUUCCGGUAUGAUGGGCUGCCCAAGUUUCCUCUGGACUUCACGGGACAAGGCCGCGAAGUAUACCCUGUAGCCGCAAAGGGAGUCAAGUACCUGCCAUCACAAUGGUGUGUGGUUGAUAAGGAUUCUAAGGAGUUCAAUUCCUGGCCUCAAGAAAUUGGCUAUGCCUGCUCAUUGUCGGAUUGCACCAGAUUGGGAUAUGGAUCAUCAUGCAAUUCCUUGGAUCAGAAUGAGAACAUUUCCUAUGCUUUCAACAUGUUCUUCCAGAUGAAUGAUCAAGAUGUGCAGUCUUGCAAUUUCAAUGGGUUGGCCAAGAUAGUCAAGCAGAAUGCAUCGCGUGGGAAUUGUCUCUUCCCGGUCAUGAUAGAGAGCGCGGGAAAGAGGCUCGAGGUGGUGUCUGCAGCAGCAGCGAGCAUUGUUGCAGGACUGUUGAUGUUGUUUGCAAUAUUGUUUUAGUAUGAUAAUAUAUACAUACAUAUAAUGAUAUGAAUGGAGAUGGGGUUCAACGUUUGAACACUAGUUUGUUUGUUGUGUACUACAUUUUUUUUCUUUUUAUGUUGGAACAAAUAAAAGUUGACAAUGUAUUGUAAUUA